GAACCUUGUUUUGUUGCCAUCAGGACUAGAGACGCUGAGAGGAAAAAAAUCCCCCAAAGAUCAGAGAGUUUUUCAGCGAAGUAAACAAUCAGAACCUAAAUUUCCGCCGUCGAGAUAAAAUUUAAAGCCGAAUUCUGGUAAAAUCCCUGCUUUCCGGUCCGUGUCAUGAUCGUAGGAAGGAACCUGUUUGGCCCUUAGGUGCAUCACCAUGGCAACCAAAGCAGGGGAUGAUCCAGAGAGCCUCAUGUCUCUGUGCACCGUGUUCUGUCUGAAGAACCUCAGUAGUACCAUGUGCUAUAUGGGCGAGAGGAACCAACUGUGCCUGCGUCCAGACAUCUUCUUACCCAGUGAGAUCUGUGACAAGCUUGUUCACAUGUACGUGGAGUUGGUGCACACAGACAGUGAGUUUGAGCCUCAGGAUGGGUUUUUUCAGCUCUUCGGCGACCCGCACAGCACCCGACUGAGCCGACUGCACCUCAGAGAGGACGUCGUACGAGACCGAGACCUCAAGGCCAUCAGCAAGCAGGAUCUGAUGGAGCUCCACUUGACGUGCUGUAGUCAUCUCAGCAACCGAAGCCUUUGCACUCUGCGCAAAUUCCGCCACACGCUCGUGUCCCUCAGUCUCUUCGGCUGCUCCAGCAUCUUCUUCCCCAAGUCCUCCACUGAGGAUGACGAGGAUGAUGAUGAGGAUGAUGAAGAGUUAUGUGAUGGCACUGACUUUUCCUUCCAGGGCUUCAGAAGGUUGUGCAUGUUGAACGUUGGCCAUCUGCCAGUAAACGUGGACCCUGAAAGACUGCUGAAGCCACUAGACACUCUCAGAGUGCUGGACCUGUCCUCAACGCACCUGCCCCGCCCCUCCUUCCUCACAAGGUGGAGGGAGCAGCUAGCCGUGCUCGUGCUCUACAACGUGGACGUGAACGAGGAGCUCAUCACCACCGUCCUGCAAAUGAGCCGAUUGAGGCACUUAGAUAUCUCACGUGAAGGUCAGCGCCCCUCCAAGUUCAAACUGACAAGGAAGAUCCUGACAAACAUUGUACAGAGUUUAAGGAACCUCGUCUCCCUGGACAUCUCGGGACACAUCAUGCUGGACAACUGCACCGUGCCGUAUAUGGAGGAGGCCAUGGGACCACCAAGCACCGAUCCCUGUAAGAGCAGUAUCUACCCGUUCCAGGGAUUAAAGAGGCCUCUGCAGUUUCUGGGUCUUUAUAACACUACACUGUGUAACGUCAAACACAUCCCGGCCUUUAAGGUGACCGGAUCUAAGAAUGAAGAGCAGGUUCUCAACGCUAUUGAAGCUUACACUGAACAUCGUCCUGAACUCACACACAGGGCCAUAAACCAGCUGUUUGACUUUGUCCGGAUCCAACACUGUAAUAAUCUGGUUCGAGCAGUGCAGUUGGUGAUAGCAGCACUGAAGUGUCAUAAGUAUGAUAAGAGUGUCCAGGUGACGGGCAGCGCCGCUCUCUUCUACCUGACCGGUACAGAGUACCGGAAUCACCAAAGUGUGAAGAUGCGCAGGCAGGUCAUCGAGGUCGUACUCAAUGGCAUGGAGCAGUACCAGGAGGUUACGGUUCAGAGGAAUUGCUGUCUGACUCUGUGUAAUUUUAAUAUUCCUGAUGAGUUAGAGUUUCAGUAUCACCGCGUCAACCUAUUGCUGUUAAAGAUCCUGGAACCGGUGCGUCAGGACGAGUCGAUUCAGCGCAUUGCUGUGCACCUGUGCAAUGCCCUCGUCUGCCAGGUGGACAACGACCACAAGGAGGAGGUCGGCAAGAUGGGCUUCGUCAAGACCAUGUUGAAUUUAAUACAGAAGAAGCUGAAUGACAGACUGUGUGAUCAGGUGAUGGAGUUCUCAUGGAGCGCGUUGUGGAACAUCACAGAUGAAACGCCAGAUAACUGCCAGAUGUUCCUCAACUGCAGUGGCAUGAACCUGUGCCUGGAUUGUUUAAAGGAGUUUCCAGAUAAACAGGAGCUGCACCGUAACAUGCUGGGGCUGCUGGGUAAUGUGGCCGAGGUGAAGGAGCUCCGACCUCAGCUUCUCACCAGCCAGUUCGUCACCGUCUUCAGUAACCUGUUGGGGAGCAAAGCGGACGGGAUCGAGGUGUCGUAUAACGCCUGUGGGGUUCUGGCACAUAUCAUGUUUGAUGGGCCUGAAGUGUGGACUGUGGAGAACCCUAACAGAGAGAUGGUCAUGGACAAAAUGUGGGACGCCAUCCAGAGCUGGGACGUCACGUCACGGCGCAACAUCAACUACAGGUCAUUUGAACCUAUCCUGCGUCUCCUCCCUCAGAGUAUAUCACCUGUCAGUCAGCACUGGGCCACCUGGGCUCUUUACAACCUGGUCUCUGUGUACCCAAACAAAUACUGUCCAUUAUUAAUAAAAGAAGGAGGAAUUGUGUUGUUGAAGAAAGUUCUGGAACUGGAGUCUUCUCACCAGGACACAAAGACCAUGGCACGCAAGGUGAUGGAGCAGUGUGAGAAUUUUAAGGAGGAUCCGAUGGACACCAGCAGGUAAAAGGUGCAGAGCAGGAAAUCUCACCUCAGCAUCUGGUCCACCUUAAAACACACCAGAACAACACAGCUAAUGGGAUCUAAAGAAAGGAAUCGAACGCACAACGCUCACAUCUGUUCAAUGUCAUUCAGGAUUCUUCAGUCUCCUCUGCUGUGUGUGUGUGUGUGUGUGUGUGUGUGUUGGACUCAAAGGGUCAAGAUUAGAGGUCUUCACGGGUCCACUUGGAUCCGAAAACCUGAGGUCCGACCCAAGCAGGUUCGGUUCUAAAAGUUUGACGUGUGCCUCGGACACGGGUCGGGUAUAAUAAUAGCGGUCUCGGGUAAUUUCAAACGAAUACGUUUUUACUGAACAGACCCGAGGUGUGUGUGUGCCUCGACUCGAGUCUUUUUCCAACCUCUCCUCUGUUUGCCAAGACAGCUUGGGACAUGUGGCUGGCAGUAAGCUAAUUUUUGUUGAAACAGACCUGGCAAUCAAUUUUAAAUCCAUGCUGUAGCGGUUACUUUACUGUAGAGUUACGCAACAUUCGGGUCCAGUCGGGUUAAAAAAAAAAGUCGUCGGACUCUGGUCUAUUUUUUUGGGGGUUUGUCUUGAGUCGGGGCUUUCUUAAUAAAAAAAAUCAUGUACAUCGGUUAUGGGUAAAAAGUGAUUCGGGUCACUUCGGGUUGGGUACUUUUUUUAAGACCCGAGAAGACCUCCAGUCACGAUGGACCAUAAUCCUGACAAAUACACACUCCUCCUGUGAAAAUGAAAAUGACUAACUUGAAGGGGAGAUAGCUUCCACAGGAGUGUGUGUUGCACAUGGUUAACAGUGUUUGUAUCAUUUGUGUGUGUGUGUGUGUGUGUGUGUGUGUGUAAAAAAGCCAGGAGAAUGUUCUCAUCUUUUUGCCUGUGAGCACAAAACAAGGAUGGAAAGAGACUGAUUUUGUGUGUGUGUG